UACCAAUAUUUUGAUUUUGAACUGUCUCAAAGGGACCCUGAAACCUUAAUAAAAGCAACUUGUCUUCUUACAUUCUAUUAUCCUCCAAUUCUCCUUUUACUUCUCUCUUCCUUUUUUCUCUCCCUUGCCUGGGUCCCAUUCCCUGCACAAACAGCUGGGCUUCAUUAUUAAAUCUUCCUCAACCAGCAACUUCAACUUCCUCGUUCCCCACUUCAUUACCCUCGUAACUCGUAACGGCUUCAUACCGGACCUUUCCUUUUCUGUUUUUCUCUCAACUUCAAAGUUAGAAUCUUUUGUUCACUCACUGAGCCAUGGAUGGCGCCGAGUUCGACGCCGCGUUUGGGUUCCCAUCUGAGUUUCCCUACGAGUUUGACUCGGUCGGGACUGAACCGGUUGAUUCCGGUUCGACCGGGACUGAGAGUAGCGACGAUGAGGACUUCUUCGCCGGCUUGACUCGCCGGCUGAGUCACACCUCGCUCAAUGAAACAAGGAAGGAACAACACUUCACUGUUCCCAUCGGCAACAGUGGCCAAGCUGAGAGUCAGAAGAUGAUGGCUCGUGGUUUGGCCGGGUCACCUCAGUCUAUACUGAGUGGGAUCGGAAGCUGGUCGGGUCGGAGUGGCGGCUCCGGCGACGGAAGCCCCAACGGGUCUUCUCGCGUUCCGUCGCCGACGACGACGCCGUUUAAAUCCACUAACGACGCUUGGGAUGUUCUGUACGCAGCUGCAGGGGAAGUUGCGAGGUUGAAGAUGAACGAUUUAGUUUCUUCGAAGUUUGAUUUCCAGAACCGUGGAGUGCUGGGUGGUUUUCCUCCACCUGUUGCGGCGGAGAAUGUAUUUUUUCCAAACCAGGGUGUUUCUCAGGUUCGAUACCAGCAAGUGAGACCAGAGCAGAUGCUGAAGCAGCAGUGUGGUUCGGUUUGGGGCAGGCAAGAGAAGGCUGGUUGGGUAUCUCAGCAGCACCACCAGCCACAGGUUCAGAACAGGGUUCGUGAUUUGCGUGAGUUUGGGUAUGACUAUGAAGCUGUGAAAUGCACGCGCGCUUUGCCUCGUCCUGCAUGGCACCCUCUUCAAGUGAAGAACCAGAAUACCCAACACGUGCCUCAUUUCGGAUCCGGGUCACGACCCGGGUUACAAGCUGGAUCCGGUGCUACCAAAAGGGGUUGCGCUGGAACAGGGGUUUUCUUGCCUCGUCAAUAUGGGGCCCCUCCGGAUUCUCGCAAGAAAACAGGCUGUGCCGCACCUGUUUUGGUCCCAGCUAAGGUUAUUCAUGCUCUGAACCUCAACAUUGAUGAACUAAAUGCCGCUGGCCAACCACGCUUCUCAAGUGCUUUUGGCGUGGACUAUGAUGCUCUGCUGGCGAGGAGGAAUGCUCUUCUACUGCAGCAGAAGUUAAGCAUGCGGCGAGAAGAGGCAGCAAGUUAUGAAGCUCUUCGCCUGCCGCAGGAAUGGACGUACUGACUCCUUCGAUAAUAGUUCGUUCAAACAAGAUUCAAUUAAACCUUGGUGGAGAAAGAAAGCUAGUGAAAUUAGUAGGAUUGUGAUAGGGAAGUUGGUUUUUUUAGUUUUUUUUUAUAAUAUAAAGAUGAGAUUCAAGAAUGUGUUUGGGUAGUUUAGUGGCAAUAAAUCAUCCGGUUUUUGUGAGAGAUGCAGCUUUUGGGAUCUGUUAGUUGAAGAAACAGUGAAAGAUAGUAGUUUAGGGGAAGCUUUUUUUUUUUUUUUUACUUUUAUGAAGAAUAUAUUUAUAAUUUGUAAUAAGUGGGGUUCGUUUUCUUCCAUGCUAAUGUUAAAUUAAUGUUGAUGGAAGAAGGGUAAAGAAGGGCUUAUUGUGUUGGAAGAGGGUUCAGAGUCUAGCUGGCAAAAGAAGGAGGGUGAAGGGCUUAUUCGAUGAAGAUUGCUCAUAACUCUUUGUAAAAAAGCUCUUGCUCGUAAUAGAACAGUAUGUAAUAAGUAAGUUAUACUAAAUGUAGUAAAUGCAAGUCUUGUGUAAUUCCUCAAAA